CCUCACUGCGGACCGCCCUCAUGUGCGGCCUUCUGACGCAUAGCCCGGCGCUCGCGUCCGGGCUGCCGCUGCCGGGCACCCGUGCCAGCGCCCAUGAGCCUCCUCCGCGCCGCUGCAGCACCCGCGCCGCACACCCCGCUCCGCUUGCUCUCGAGAAGGCUGGCCGCCAUGGAGGAGCCGCUCAAGUCUGUGGACUACGAAGUGUUCGGGCGAGUGCAGGGUGUUUGCUUCAGAAUGUACACAGAAGGAGAAGCUAAGAAAAGAGGAGUGGUUGGCUGGGUGAAGAAUACAAGCAAAGGGACUGUGACAGGUCAAGUGCAAGGUCCGAAAGAAAAAGUAGAUUCCAUGAAGGCCUGGCUAAGCAAGGUUGGGAGUCCUAGUUCUCGCAUCGACCGGACAGACUUUUCUAAUGAAAAAACCAUCUCUAACCUGGAAUACUCUAAUUUUAGUAUUCGAUAUUAAUUGGAGAAAAAUAACAAUUGUAAAGUUUACAUUGCAGGAAAUAAAACACAUUCUUAAAUUUGUAGUAGUAGGAUUAAAAAUGGGAACUUUCUGUUCUGGAAACCUCAGAAUUAUAUGUUACUAAAAUGUCUGAAACUGAAAAACUUUUACCCACCUAUGUUUUUAGCAAGAAGAAACCAAAUAUUAUAAAAUAAAAUAUUGUAAAGUAUCA